GGGGCCUCGUGGCGGUGACGUCAGCGCCAACUCGGAAACGGAGUCACGUGGCCACAUCCAAAAAAUCACUUCCCUUUUGGACUGAAAGCUGCAGCAAAGAGACCGUUUAGUCCAGGAUGGCUUACCAUCAGCAGUACGCGCAACCCGGUGGAGCAUUUGCGGGGGUUGCAGAUCAGAGUUUCCUGUGGACCAUGUUCCAGAGAGUCGAUAAAGACCGGAGUGGAGCCAUUUCUGCAAAUGAACUUCAGCAAGCUCUGAGCAAUGGAACGUGGACCCCGUUUAACAUGCAGACGGUGCAGCUCAUGAUGGGAAUGUUCGACCGCGAACGCAAGGGCACCAUCGGCUUCGCCGAGUUUGCCGGACUCUGGAAGUACGUGACGGACUGGCAGGGCGUCUUCCGCUCCUUCGACCGCGACAACUCGGGCUUCAUCGACAAGCAGGAGCUCAAGGGGGCCCUCUCCAGCUUCGGGUACCGCUUCUCGGACCAGCUGCUGGACCUUCUCGUCUGGAGGUUCGACCGCCAGGGCCGGCAGCAGGUGGCGUUCGACGACUUCAUCCAGUGCUGCAUCGCGCUGCAGACUCUGACCGGGGCAUUCCGGAUGCAUGACACGGAUCAAGACGGCUGGAUCCGGAUUUCCUAUGAGCAGUUCCUGAGCAUGGUGUUCAGCAUGCGGUCCUGAUGAUCCGCAUCCUGAAUUUGUGCCACCCGCCCAACUUUACCAUGCAGUUGGGAUAUAGUUAGUAGGCAUGUAACGAUGCGUCAAUUUGUCAAUACAUUUUUUUACAAAAAUCAACAGGCGUGGUCAAUCCACUGCCGGAUGAAAGGCGCCCAAAAGCCACUGCCGUCUCCCGUAAUCCUGCGAAAUUACAGUCCACCUAUCGCCUGCAAUAAAUUGCAGAUAUAAUCGCUCCAUCUCCUCCGCGUUGGACGCACGCCAUAGGCCGCUGCUCCGCCGUUACCCCAGCGACGCGUCCCGUUCAGACGCGGCCGCUCGCCUUAACGGUUCGAAUGACACGUUUAUAAAACCUGAGUGCGUUCUUUAAUUCUUUCAUUCCUCUCACCACGCCUGUCUCUCGGCACCUUUCACAAGCGCCCGCCUCUCCCCUGCUUCUUUGGGCCCUCUGUUCGGUUCCAGUCGUUUUGUUUUUCGUUGUUGUUUGGUAAUGGCCGCGUUUACGAGCAAAUUGCCGAUGAUGCCGCCUGCUGCUGCUGCAUUAGCAAUGGGGCACAAUUAACAACAACCAAUGUCAACGCAUCCGUCAAUAACAACAGCGCUGUGGCCUUAAGUAAAAACAUAUACAGGGUGCUUCAAAAAAAUGUUAACACUUCCGAGAAAUUUCCAACAAGACCACAACAAAUGUGAUCUCCGGGCUCUGGAGUCCACGUGGAGAAGAUCCCAGGCCACGUGUUGACAAUGAUGGCGAACAAGUGGGAGAGACUCUUUGACUUUUUGAAGCUAUUAACAUUACAUUUGUUAUCAUGUUGCAGUGUACAGUACUAUCCGUUUUUCCAUUAAAAACGAUUGUCCCAUAUCAGUGGCAACAAUUUUUUUGAAGCACCCUGUAUACAACGGGACGUUUCAUGGCGCAUGAAGAAGGCCCACUGUGUUGUCGUACGUACGUGGAACUUCUUUAGUACCGUGCGUAGCCAACUGGAGGUGCGGGGGCAAGGACGAGAAAAAUCGGAGGCUGCGUCGUCGUGAUCGACGGAUGCGUCGAGUUGUCUGCAUACCUGUGUCAACCCCGUAUCGGUGCCUACCUUAUUACACAACAAUUCAGACCUUAGCGGUCACCCCGUGACUCUUAUAAAUCUCAAAGUUCAUCUUACAAAGUCCCAUCACAAGGCAGAAACACAAACAAAUAGACAGAACAAAAAUGUUUGCCCGCGUUGAAACGGCUGUCCUCCGUAUGGACCUGAAAACUCACUUUCCCUGUACAAGAAUACGGGGUAAACCGUGUGUGUUGACAGGCGUGUGUCUGCGUCCAAUGGAGCAAUAUGUCACGGCGGAGGGAAUGCUCGCCGACUGGACAGAACGCAACCUCUUCUUCACGCGAGUCGGCAUCUUGACUCUUCAACGGCAAAGUUCCGCUUCCCAUUACCGCCCCCUGCGCGCUUCAUCAUCGUGUUUUUUUUUAUCCCCGGCACUCGUACCCCUGGGCGCUCGCUCACUCGCUCGCUCGUACUCGCUCGCUGUCUGUUGUGUCGUCCACUAGAGCUGACCGCUCGGUUACGUGGUGUGGCGAAUGCGAAUUUGACCAAUCGCGAUUGGAUUGAAUGGGAGACGGUUUAAUGUGGAGCAAAAAAAAAAGUUAUAAUAAUCGAUUUUUUUAUUUGCAUGUAUUAUCGGAUCGUUUACCCCUCGAUCGCCGGUGGGACGGCGGGUGGUCGCAUCGUUACAUUCUGAAUUUCGUUUGCGAUACAAUGCCAAAAAGAUGUAACAGUCGGUUAUCAAAAGUAGCACUUCGGAAAGUUAUAUUUGGGUAACAAACCAAAAAAGUUGCAUUUAUAAUGAGAACCUUGCUUAAACUUUCGUUUUUUGUUUGCUUUUUAACUGACCGUUGAUAACAUUUAUGCUUAAACUAGAUUGUGGCCAUAUCACAGCCUUGUUAUCGCACAAAAGCCAAUCGCAGCUAAUUUUUUUUUAAAUAAACGAUUACAAGGCUCGUGACAAGACGGGGGAAAGAAAGUGCGCAUGCCAACAGGAAGCAAACGCAACACACAGCAGGUUUUUCUCAGCCCUACCCCAAUACCGCGAUUCACGAAUAGAUUGCCGGGAGUUGGCUCCGACCUGAACAAAUCUGUGCCAUUUAACCCCCGCCCCAAGCACCCAGCGUGCACGGCCGAACAAAUUUCGAUGGGCACGUUGGUGUGGCGAACGAUUCGUUCAACGACCCGCCGGCGACUUGCGGACGUUUUCGGUUCGGUUCGCUCGCUCGGCGGGAAAGCCGAAGAGCUAAUUCCCACUACCGAGCAUCUUUAGGGACAUAAAUGCAGGAAGUCAAUCGGGCUUUCUUAAUUUUAUUUGGUAAAAAUUAUUAUUAUUCGGCUGUGUUGGGGUGGCGGGCUGUUUUAAGACACCAAUAUGGGCAGA